AUGGCAUCGGCGGACGCCAGAUUCCAAGACCUCCCGCCAAGCUACGAUGCAGCCCAGCAAGCAUCAGGAUCCUCGUUCGCAGCACCUCCGCGCGGACUGGAUGAUCGACAGGAACAGGGUCCAGUGGGAGAUCCCCCACCAUAUCACAACUGGCAAGAAGCGGUCCCGGAUACGUCGGUCUUCCCACCCCCGCCUAUCGCGGGGUACUACGCCUCCGGCACAGGCAAUGCUUCCAGCGACGAUGCCGAACGCGCCCAUGAUUUCUGCGACAAGACGCCGCUGUGGAUCCCCGUCCACCCGUCUGCCGCCGUCUACACCUCCGUGCAGGAGCAUGACCUGCGGCCCGUGAGACAAGCCGAGUUCGCGGGGGAUCUGGUCAUUAUUGCGCCGGGCCGCUGGACAGGUUGCACCGUCGACCAGAACGGCGAUUGCCUCGUCCUCACGCAUCUGCCGCUGUACUUUGCGACCGUGGACUCGCCCUUUGUCCGCGAAAAGCGCAAGACAAUCUAUUUCGAGGUGACGCUGCGCGCACUGCGGGCCGGCCCCGGCGCCGACGCCAGCGGGCUGGCGAUCGGCUUUGUCGCGCAGCCCUAUCCCGCCUGGCGCUCUCCAGGCUGGGAGCGAGGCAGUUUGGGAGUCUUUUCCGACGAUGGCUGCCGUUUCGUGAACGAUUCGUGGGGUGGCCGCGAUUUCACGACCCCAUUUCAGGCCGGCGAGACCCUGGGUAUCGGCAUGACCUUCACGCUCCCAGAGAAUCCGCUCGCCUUGGCCGAUGCCCUGUUCGAAGUCCGUCGGUCCUGCACGGUCGACGUGUUUUUCACCCGCAACGGUCAUCCCGCAGGGGGCUGGGGUCUGCAUGAAGAGAUGGAUGAGGAAUCAGGCAGCGUGACCGGCUUAGAGGGGGACUUUGAUUUGUAUGGGGCGGUUGGUCUGUUCGGUGGCGUCGACUUUGAGACUUGUUUUGACCCUGCAGGUUGGCUCUGGAAGCCUGCAGAGUAG